GGCGGUCUCGUAAAUAGAUAUGCCCGCGUCAAGUAUCCGACUGCGAUGAGGCUCUGAUAACCUACAUCUGCACAAAAACACAUUCCUUGACUUUCACCAUGGCCGUAAAUCCAAACGAAGAUACAGAAUUCAAUGACGCCCUACGCAAGUAUGGCAUCAUACCGCAGCGUGAAACCACUCCUCCCACUCCAUCGCCUCCAGGAUCACCUUCUCUAGAGGAGCUUCUCGACGAGUUUGAUUCAAAGGACCUACAGGAGAUUGGCGAAGAUGCCCACGACGAUGAACUUGAGCGCACGAUUGAUACAUUCAAUCGGCAGCGUUUAGCAGAACAGAAACGAGAGGAAAAGCGCUCUCGGUUCGGUAGAUUGUAUCCGAUCGGACGAGAUGAUUAUACAAGAGAGGUGACAGACGCAAGUGAAGUCGAUGAGGAUGGUGAUGAUGAGAAGAAAGGCACUGGAGUCAUUUGUUUCUUGUAUAAGGACGGAAUCCCACACAGUGAUCGCGCCUUCCAGCAUGUACAAAAACUAGCGGCAAAAUAUCCUCGCACAAAAUUCGUAUGCAUUGUAGGCGAUAAAUGCAUACCGAACCUUCCGGACAGCCGCAUACCCAUGUUCAUAAUCUACAGGAAGGGGGAAAUUCGAAAUCAGCUUGUCUCUUGGGGAGCUGAUCGAGAAAGGAUAAUAGAGGAGUUGGAAGCCUCUUUUCUGCUUUGUGGUGUCAUUGAUCCACCAGAACAUCGUCGUCCGGGACAAAGUCGAGAUCGCGACGAGGAUAGUUCGGAUGACGAUGAUGGCGACCCGUCGUCGCGAAUGCGAUCUGCUCAAACCGCAACAAACGGACGGGCAGCGAAGAAUGUACGAAGUCAAGCUAGGAAAGGCGAAGACUCGGAUUCGGACUUUGAGUUUGACUUGUAGACUUCAUAUAUUAUACUAGUAUCAACAUACCUUGCUGUAUCAAUUAAUAUUGUACUGAAUAGGUGCAGAAUAGUGUGAACUUACGCAUUUCCUGUGCACA